AUGGACCGAUGUUGCGUUGGUGGGUGCGUUGACUCUGCUAACGGAGCCUACCUCGCAACAGCUGGUCCUGAAGCUCGUCGACAUGGAGGCGGAGAUGGUUCUUUGGCAAUUUGCGUUGAAAACCUCGGUCGACUAUGUGCAAGAUCUGCCGUAUUUCCAUUCCUUUCCCGGAGAUACGCCAGAGGCUGUCCAAUUUUACGAUCUGGUGCACAAAAAGCUCUCAAAUGCCACCGGCAGGCCUGCAGACAGAUCUGUGUCUGCACCCGCUCCCUCCAGCAAGUCGAGCGCAGCGAAGCGACCAAGCAUCGGCGCACCGCUUGGAUUCAAGUACUUGUAGCUUUAUUAACACUCGAUAGACACUUGAGCCAUGUUGGGUUUGAUCCAGAGAGCGGAUUUAGCAUGGAAAACAUUCCAGAUGACUGGAAAACGGUCUUUUCCAAUGCCGGUAUCACUCAGGAACAGCUCCAGAACAAGGAAACUGCGACAUUUAUCUACGAAUUUAUGAACAAAAACACAGCUCAAGGCCACGAAGAGAAUGAGACGAAACCUUCUUCCGCGCAACUACCACCCCCCUCCAAGCCGUCCAGACCUGCGCCAAGUGCGCCUAGAAAGCUCUCUACGCCAAGCGUGUCUGAACAAGUCCCUGCGCCAAGCGUGGCUAGACAAGUUCCUGUGCCGCCGCCUAUGGAAAAAACCCGUACACCACCCCCACCGCCCAUCAUGACUACUGGGACUAGAUCUCCGCCACACAGUGGUUAUUCGGAGCGAGCUGACACCACUCUAGCGCCUGCAACCUCGUCAGGCUUCAGCAGGGAUUCGCUGAUGGAUAGUAUCAGGUCUGCCGGUGUCAAGUCUCUUAAGGCAGCACCAGCAUGCCCCCCGCCUCCAAGCACUAGUGCAUCGCAGGCACCGUCCUCUCCCACAAACAUUAUGGCGAGCCUCCUCAAACAAGCACUGGAUGAUCGCUCAAAGCGAAUGAUGAAUGAUUCGGCCCCCGGUAUGACGCCAUCUUCAGAUGAAGACUGGUGA